AAGAGUCAACUUCGAUUGCAGUCAUGUUUUUAGUUGGACUUACAGGUGGAAUUGCAACAGGAAAAAGCACAGUUUCUAAGAUUUUAUCAGAAGAAUGUGGUUGUCUGAUUUUAGAUGCAGAUUUAAUAGCAAGAGAAGGUGAUAAAAUUGUACUCCCAGGAACAAAAGCUUGGAAAAUAAUUCGGAAACAGUUUGGAGAUGAAGUCAUUCAUGACAAUGGUGAACUUGAUCGAGAAAAAUUAGGACAAAUAAUUUUUGCUGAUGCAUCUAAAAGAAGACUUCUGAACUCUAUAACUCACCCAGAAAUAUACAAGUCUAUGAUAUGGAAAAUACUGAAAGCUUUUGUAAGAGGAAGACAAUUUGUGAUACUAGAUCUACCAUUAUUGUUUGAGACAGGGAAGUUAGUCCCAUAUGCUUCCUACAUUGUUGUUGUAUCAUGCUCAGAGGAACAACAAAUAGAAAGACUAAUGAAGAGGAACACCUUAUCUGAGAAAGAAGCUGAUCAAAGAAUUAGCUCUCAAAUGUCAUUGGCUGAGAAACGCAGACAAGCAACAUACAUUAUUGACAAUAAUGCUGAUAUUGAAUAUACAAGGCAACAAGUCAAAAAUAUUCAUCAGAAAUUAAAAGAGAGCUACUUUCAUUGGAAAAUAAGAAUUUUAAUCUCUUUUGGUUUUUUGUCAGUAUUUGGAUUAUUUAACUAUAUAUUAAAACUGUUUUAAUUGAACAAGUCAAGAAUUUACAUAUUUUUAUGAUAUUUAUUCAUAGAGAACUACUUUUUUUUUAAUUUGGGGUAAUUGCAAUUUUAAAUAAGAAAAUAUUAAUUCCUUUGAACUGGACCAAAAGUAUAGUAAAUUUCCUUGUGAAAAUUGAUGCCUGAAAUUUCUUCGGGGGAGGGGGGGGGGGGGCACUUCCUAUAUACAAGGUGAUAGGAUGUGCCGCUGGAAUAGGUCACUUUUUCAAGCUUGAAAAUAUGUGAAUAGGUCGAUAAAACUAUCAGAAAUAUAUGAUAAGGUCAAUAAAGUUCCCAUAACUUCAUCGUCUGUCAUCUUUCUUGGUGUUUUCCGGUUGUGUUUUUAUCAACCAAUUUCCUCUCUUUUGACACUUUGGUAUUCCACUCUUACAGUACACACCACGAAACCCAAACAAUAUGGGAAAGGGUAACAUUUUUACCUACGCAAUAUAUGAAAAGGGAUACAUUUUUAAAAUCUAAAUUAUAUGAAAAGGGUGGGGUAACAGAACCCCCCAGCGGCACCCCUAUCAAUUAAGUAUUGAAGUAUGUGCCCCCCCCCCCUCCGAGGAAAUUUUUUAUAAGUAUAUACUUGGAGUUCAUAGUAAAUCAUCUAAGUUAGCAGUUCACAGGGAACUUGGUGUACUGCACUAUACAUAUUGAUAUUAUUUGUUCAGUUAUUAUUUUUUUUUCUGUACAAUCAAAGACAAGAAUGAGUGUCAUUUGUAAAGUCAAACUCUUACAGAUAGCAUUUAAUUUUAUAUCCACUAGAAUGGUAUACAAACAUGGUAUUCUUCUAUUGUUUUUGUUGCAAAACAGUUGAAUGUUGAUAUUAACAAGCAUUCUGAGAGUAUUGCAUGGCAAUACAUAGUCCCCUACUGGUUAAAAAUUCAUUAUACUGGAACAAAAUGCUAACUUGUUCUAUAACUUAUCAUGGUGUAAACAAAUAGAAAAUAUCAAGUCAAUAUCUUCAAGCAUGACUAAAAACAGUGUGGAAAACUGAAUAAAUGAGAGAAUUUUUUCAAGUCCAAGGACCAUAACUCUGCACAAAAUUAUCAGACUGAAACAAAAAUUUGAACUUGAUCUGUAACUUGUCAUGAUAAAACUAUAUACCAAUUGUCAAUCAAUAUCUUCAAGCAUGAUGAAAAAAAGUGUGGAAAACCUAUAAUACUCUCACAUUAGAUAUGAUGUAUAAUACAAUGUAUAUCUAUUUUCGAAUUACAAUCAAAUAUAAUUAAUAGUUCAUAUUUUUUUCUUUCAUUUGUCACAAACUAAUAUAGAUUUGUAACUUAUCUAUAAAAUGUCAACAACUAUUAGCUACACAAUGUAAUGUAAUGAAAUGUAUACUUUAAUAAAAAUAGAUUAUUAUCUAA